ACGCGCGUGCGUUCAGCUCCUAGAAACGUCCGGCUCUUAGGAAAAACCCCCGAAGCGCGCUCUCUCUUUCCUUUUCCCGGACCCACGCGGCCCCUUUGCGAUCUCUGCAUCUUCGGCUGGUCUCGUCCCUGUUGCAUGAGUGAGUGAUUCAUCCUCCUUUUUCCUCCCAGCGCCAAUGAGGAGACUCGGUCCAGCCGCCCAGCCCAGGCCAGUGGUGCAGGGAGAGGACCGUGCAGACGACCUCAUCCCCUUCGCCAAGUGCUCCAGGGUGGUCAGCCGACCUGCACCACCCCGCCUGCCUUCCCAGAGCCUCACGCUGAUGCCCCAGCGGUAUGGAGACCUCUUCUGGGAGAGCCUUAGCCAAAGGCCCAGCCCCACCUGGACGGAAGAAUGGCACAUCCCUCCCUCGCCGAGAGCCACUGGUUGCUCCCAGCCUGGCCUGUACCCCCUUGAGAGGCUCCCACCCCCUGAGGUGCUUUGCAGAAGAAAGAGAAGGAGGCCACAUUUGGCGGGAAUGCAGCAGGGACCUGCGGGCAUCCCAGCCCAGGUGAGGGCUGUCACUUAUCACCUGGAGGAUCUAAGGAGGCGACAGAGAAUCAUCAAUGAACUGAAGAAGGCUCAGUGGGACGUCUCGGGGGCCGCACCUGAGCCCCUGGCACCUGCCACUGCCGGCUGCGGAGUCCCCAGCGCCACCGAGUACCCGGGUCUGGAAGAGGCGAGGGCUACCUAUCCACAGGAGGAAGGCCACCCUGUCACCACUGGCAGGACCCAGCUGCUCUGGUCCCCCUGGAGCCCCCUGGGCCUGGGGGGGGGGGUCGGUGUCCCCAGACGACUGGGCUCUCUGGCCUCCUACAGCGCUGUCCCAGCGGGCGGGAACCGCCUCCGCUCCCCCUGGGGCAUGGAGGUGCAGUCUGCGGAGUAAGGAGGAACCCCCAGGCCCUAGGUGUCCGCGCGCUGCCUGGCGGGGGGAGGGGGCGGGCAGGCUCGCCGGCAGACCUGGAGCCUCCCCCUUGUGACGCCGAGGCCUUUCCCUUCCGCAGCCUCUCCCAGCGACCUCCCCGCGCUCGGCACUGGGCGCUAACAGCCCCCUUGGCCGCCCGUGUCAAGCCAUCCCCCAGGGCUCCGCACGGCCUAUCGCCCCCACCGCCCCCCCCCAACCGCCCGCCCGCGCUGGCUGGCACUGUGUUCUCUGCUCUGCUCGGGUAUUAAAAAGCAAGCGCGUUGAGCCCGAAGUGUCUUUCUGCUCGUGGAGCAGUGAUGGCGAGGCUGGCGCGCACGGAGGGCUGCGUCACCUCGAGGACCCGGCUAAGAUGAAGUCGGGCUGGACCCCCCGAGCUCGAAGAGUCCCGCCGAGCCCCGCUCUUCCAGCCCCGGGGCGGCCCGCGCCCCGCUCUCUCGGCCCGGGCUCGGACCGCACUUCCGCCCCCCCCGG